AUGGAGGGAAGAAUUGCUGUCAUAAAGACAGCACUUGAGAGCUUCAUUCUCGAUCCCAAAAAUGCCGAGUUUCUCGCUAUUCUUAAAGCUGCUCGCAGCGGCGCUGUCUACGGUGCCAAAGUCAGAUUUCCCCAUGCAUUGGUUAUGAUGUUCCUAUUCAGAUCUGGUACUGUCCGUGAAAAGAUAGGGCUGAUACUCCGCGCAACGCGAACACAUGCGCAAAAUCUCGCGAAAUAUGCUACGAUAUAUAAGACUACGAUGUUAGCACUCAAAUACUCAGGGGGCAAUAAGGGGAAGGAGGGAAACUGGGAUACAUUCUUAGCAGGACUAUUAGGUGGGUAUGUGGUAUUUGGAAGGAGGUCAAAGAAAGGGCAUGUUAGCAGUGUUAGCAAACAGAUUGUGAUAUUCGUAUUCGCACGAGUAUGUUUGUCAUUAGCACAAUUAGCUGUUCUACCUUCAGCGGGAAUCAUCCGAAAUAAAGAGCUUGCAGAUCGCAUAUCGAACGACGCAUGGCCAGUAUUUGCAGCACUGAGUUGGGGAAGUGUUAUGUGGUUAUUCAGAUGGUACCCAGAGACGGUGCAGAGUGGGUUAAGGAGUAGUAUGGAUUAUAUUUAUGUGCAGAGCGAUACUUGGGAUAGUUUGAGGAACUUCAUCAUACAUAACAAAUAA